GCCGACGCCGUCGCCUUCCCAAGCCCCACCGAUAGGCGGCUCAUUGGCGACUCCCGUACGUCCGAAGGAAUUGGAUGUGGCCAUAGUAAAAGCGACGAACCACGUCGAGUGCCCGCCCAAGGAGAGGCACCUCGGCAAGAUUGCCUUCGCGACCUUGGCGGUUCGCCCGCGGGCUGACGUCGCCUACUGUAUCCAGGCCCUCUCCAGGAGGCUCACCAAGACGCACAAUUGGACGGUGGCACUGAAAACACUGAUAGUUAUUCACAGACUCUUGAGAGAGGGAGAUCCUACAUUUCGGGAAGAGCUUUUGGCUUUUUCACAGAGGGGACGAAUUCUUCAGCUUUCUAAUUUGAAGGAUGACUCAAGUCCCAUAGGAAUUACUUGCAGUAAAUGGCUUCUUUUCAAGCUUUCCUCAACAGUCCUGUUGGCCCCAAAACUACUCAUUUUUGGGGACCUGUUGCAAACUGGGGAUUUGUGGUCGCUGGAUUGGUUGACAUGCAAAAACCGCCGGAGAUGAUAUCUGGCAACAUGACUGCAGCUAUGUGCGUAUACUCAGCACUGUUUAUGAGGUUCGCAUGGAUGGUGCAACCACGCAACUAUCUACUUCUUGCAUGCCAUGCUUCAAAUGAAACCGUCCAGCUCUAUCAACUCUCCCGUUGGGCAAAGGGUCAGGGGUACUUGUCGGAGAAGAAGAAAGAUGAAGCCUCGUCACAGUGAUAUGUUGUGAAUGUAUCUUUCCCUGUUCCAAUUGUCUUUUGAUAUUUUCACUGGAGUUCCAUAAAACAAUUUCCUUUCUUAUGCUAUUAAAAUUGCGAUUUAGCGAGACUUGAGUGAUCCUAGCUGGAUUUGUAUAUCUUGGUGUUGCAAUUUACAAUUUAUGUUAAACAAAUGGUGCUUACGAUUGCACAUAUGUGAAUGGAUAGGAUCACGCUGUCUAUUUGUGCUUGCAAUGAAAA